AUGUUAUUUGCUUUUGUGGUCUUCGCGAUCGUUUUCAUGGAGAGCCUUUUUUCUAGUGUUUCUUUUCGAUCAGUUGAAAGUGAAACUCAAAUCAAACGUACCGCUCAUCAAGGGUUGAAGAUUAUAGAUGAGGAAGUGCAACAGGUUGUGCUAAAGGAGGAGUCAUUCCCCAAGCGGGUCGAAGAAGCCGAUUAUGGAACCAGAAAUACGGAUAGCAAUGCAACGGUACUGGAACGGAAAGUCAGCCUGUUGAAAAAGAAAAAACUGAGCAAACGCAAGUUGAACACGCUUACGACGAGCCAAAAGGCAGGGGAAUUUGAUUCCAGGGUGGAUGCAUUUCUGCACAAUCGGGGUCUUCGGUGUCAGAUUCAGAUCUUUUUGACUUGGAUAUCUCCCGCAAAGUCAUUCCAGGGCCGGCAGUUUUUAGUAUUGGAUAGCCUGUUCAAAAACAACCCCAAUGCGUGUUUGGUUAUUCUGUCAAAAGAACUCGAUUCAGGGCCUGGACGCCUUAUUUUGAAACCUUUACUCGAUCAUGGCUACAGGGUUGCUGCAUUUGAUCCUGAUUUGAAGUCUCUGUUCAAAAACACCCCGGCAGAGGCCUGGCUAAAGGAUAUUCAGGGUGGACACAAGGACGCUGGCGGGAUUCCGUUGGCUCAGAACCUAUCCAACUUGAUGAGGCUGGCAGCGCUUUACAAGUAUGGCGGCGUUUACCUGGAUACUGAUUUCAUAGUUUUGAGGGAUUUAUCCGGGUUGAGGAACACGAUAGGAGCUCAAAGCAUGGACAGGAAUGGAAAGUGGACGAGGUUAAAUAACGCGGUCCUGAUUUUUGACAAGAACCAUCCUCUGUUGUAUGAAUUCAUGAAGGAAUUUCAGCGUAAUUUUGAUGGAAGUAAAUGGGGUUACAAUGGACCAUACUUGGUUUCCAGAGUCAUUGAGAGAGUAACGAAGCAAAAGAGAUACAAUUUCACUGUCUUGCCUCCAAAAGCUUUCUACCCUGUUGAUUGGACUAGGAUUGACGGAUUCUUCAAGCGACCAAAUGAUCCUGGGUUCGUCAAAUGGGCAGAGGCCAAGCUCCUUCGGCUCAAAAAGGGGAAUGAAACGUAUGGAAUUCACCUGUGGAAUAGACAAACUGGCAGGAUGAAAAUUGAGAAAGGGAGUAUCAUGUCCGAAUUGAUUUCUCAUCAUUGCAUCAUCUGCCCAAAGCACUAAUACUUGCUAGAAGCUUAGAACUAGAAGAUAUCUUUAUAAAUUCUAAGUCUUGAUGAGAAGUGAAUUAGUCGUGUUAGUGUUUUGCUUUUGUAUUGGGUUCACAAGAAAUAUAUCUAAUACUGUAUAGCAAG